UUGAUUGUUUGAUUUCCGAGAGACCCUGGGAAGGAGGCUAGGGUUAAUCCUGCUGUCUGCCGUUUCUUUGCUGGUUUUGUCGGCGACUGUCACUACGGUUAAUCCGUCUAUUCGACAAGGUCACCAGGCACAGCUACCAUAACCAUGUCGCACACAAUUCUGCUGGUGCAGCCGGGCAAGCCGGAGACUCGAACGUACUCGGACUACGAGUCUGUGAACGAGUGCAUGGAGGGGGUGUGCCACAUCUACGAGGAGCACCUGAAGCACCAGAACCCCAACACCCCGUCCAUCACGUACGACAUCAGCCAGCUCUUCGACUUUGUCGACCAGCUCGUCGAUCUCAGCUGCCUCGUUUACCAGAAGUCGACCAACACAUAUGCCCCUUACAACAAGGCCUGGAUCAAGGAGAAAAUCUACAUCCUCUUACGCAGGCAAGCUUCCAAGAGCCAGUCGUAAAGAGUCGUCCACUACCGGCAGCCGAGGGCCUGGGCAAGGGCUCCCAGGGUCCAUGGGCCAGAUUUUCUUCCUCGUUUUUUUUUUUUUUCUCCCAUGGCUCGACCCCUUUGUCUUGUUUUGGGUUUGAGCACUGGCUUUUUCAUCGUCAUCUCUGUAAUAUUUUCUCCCCUUCACAAGGUUUUCUUUUGUAAAGAGUGUGCUUGGUAUGCGAGUGUGAACUGUAUAAUAAAUGGAACGAUGCAUUGUUGAA